AUGCCGAUGAUGUCUGUCUCUCCUUUGCUACUAUUAAUUUAUUGUCUACUGCUGGUACUGCCUGGUACAGCCUCGGCAGCAUUGAAGUCCGAUGAGAAAUCAGAAAAGAACGAAUGUCCACGCGGUUGGACUCGCUACGAUCGCUCUCGGUCUUGCUUCAUGGUACUGCCUCAACGACUUCGAUGGUCUGAGGCGGAGCGGGCAUGUGCAAAAUCGGGUGGGCGACUCGCCUCGAUCACGGAUGAAUACGAAAAUGCUUUUGUUUUCAAUUUGGCUAAGAAGGCGAACCUCACUACUCCGACUGUGUGGUUAGGACGUUUGGUGCGUCUGGCUCGUACUGGCGCCUACGAAUGGCACGAUGGCGCCAUUGGACGUCAGGCAGACGGCUUCAGAGGUGGUCAGCGAUUCGCGUCUUGUAUAAGAUUCCGUGCAGCGGCAACCAUGAACAUAGCAAGAGAACUUGGGUUGAAGAAGUUACAAGUGCAUUCAGAACCGCCGUCUGGUACAGAGCUUUGCCUGACAAUGUGGCUUGAUUUCGAUCGCCCUGAGGGAUCAUGGAACGAAUGGGAUUGUGGAUAUGCAAGCGGUUAUUCGGCUCUUUGCAAGAAAAGCCUAAGGAAGCCAGCGUUCCCGAUUUCUGGUAAGUUCCUUAGCACAAGUAUUAGUGUGGAGAUCACCAUGAUAUUGUCUUCUUCGUUAUCUAAAGAGAUGCAUCCAGCUUUCUCAGCCUUCAUUAUUGACAUAUUGAUCAUUUGCUGUUUAUUUGGUUUCAUCUCGAGUGUCAUACCAGAUUCCAAUUCUCUAUACGCAGCCCAGCCUCCAAGUGAGCCAUCCACUAGCCACGUCUCGCAACGUUGCUGUGUACAUCCCGGAUGUGGACAACGGUGUUCUUCGAACGAGCGGUGUAUUCCCGAUGACCUGGUCAGUGAUUCUUUCACCUUCAAUUGUAGGAGAAUCAGUAAAUGA